GAGGGAAAGGGGAGGAAGGGAUAAGUGGGAUGGGUGGAGUGAGAGAUGUAUUUAAGACAUUGUCCUCCUCAUCCUCCUCAUCAGUCGCUAUUGCCUUCUCUCUCUGCACCUGACCAGCAGGCCAGCACUCGUCCUCCACUCAGAAUGUCUUUGCCCAACUCAGAGAACGCCUCCACUCUGGAGAACGCCAUGCAGCUCAUGAUCCAGACUUUCCAUAAGUACUCAGGAAACGAGGGGGACAAAUACACACUGAGCAGGGCUGAGCUCAAAGAGAUGCUUACCACAGAGCUCGGCAACUACCUGGGGAAUGCCCAGGAUAGGGAGGCAGUGGAUAAGGUGAUGGGAGACCUGGAUUCCAACAAUGACGGGGAGGUAGAUUUCACCGAGUUCAUCAUACUGGUCGGAGCUCUUACUGUGGCCUGUAAUGACUUCUUCCUGGAGUACAAUGACAAGCCAGAGAAGAAGAAGUGAACACGCUCUUGGCACAAAGACGUCCACUUUGCAAACCCACACACUCCAGGGAGGAAACAGUUAAGACAGCAGAGAAAACCCACAAAGGACAUCCUGUCAUGGAAUUUACGUGCACAAAUACACACACACGCACGCACACACACACACACACACACACCUAACUGUAACUUGGGUGUGUAUUUGUCUGAAAUGUCCCAUGAAUCCAUUACAAACUGUAUUUAUUGCAAUGUGGAAAUCUGGAGAGUUUAAUGUCAUUUUCAACACUUGUCAUUGUUGAUAUGUGAAUAUAUCUCUCUUUCUUUUUCUUUUCAUGUAUUUUGUAACACAUUCAUGCAAAGGAAUUUCUCCCUGGAAAGAAUAAAUGUUACCUUUACUCAAACAA